AUGAAAGGCACGAAAUCAUGCGAGAACUGCGGGACGACGCGGACGCCGAUGUGGCGGGGAACGCUGUGCAACGCCUGCGGGAUGCACAAGCGCCGCCACGGCGUUGACAGGGAGCCCGACGCAGUCGUCAGGCCCGGGGGCAAUCGAUCCGCGAAGGCAUCUCCUCGCAAACGCGAGCGCAGCACGGCAGACAAAGAGGGCACGCCGCGCAAGUCCCGGCGCCUCUCCUUCGAUGGCGCCGGCCCGGCCCGGCCCGCCGCGACCGCGUCCCGCUCGGCCAAGCUCGCCGACGCCAACGACACCCCCAGAGGCCCCGCGUCAAGCGCCUCGCCCCAAGUCCUCCCCGACGCGCCAACGGCCCACCCGCGCCCCUCCGGCGCCACGACGGACGCCCCCGCCCUCGCGCCGGGCAAGUCCUCCGACGCAGCCGACCCGGGCGUCCGCCGCUCCCUGCGACGCCGCAACGACCUGGGGAAAGCCGUCGUGCGCGCGCAGCGCUUCCCGGGCGUCCACCUCGGCGGCGGCCUCGGCGGCGGCGUCCCGAAGCGCGAGUUCGGCACCGCGGUCUCGCACCGCAGCGGCCCGAAGUGGGGCCCCAUGGACUUCUCGCGGAUCUUCCCCGCGGACAUGCACGGCGCGGAGCAGCACGCGACGAUCGUGAAGCUGCAGCCGCCGCCGGGCCCUGCGCGCGCCGUGGCCACGCUGCUCGCGCUCGCGCGCCACGGGGAGGACCUGGUCGGCGUGCCGCUGCACCAGAGGUCGAGCUGUAUCCAGUGCAGCGCGACGCUGGCGUACGACUGGUACGAGAUCGAGGGCGUCGACGGGCCGACGUGCGAUGCGUGUUUCGACGGCCAGCGGCGCCGCGGUGCGGCCGUGGCGGUCGCGGCUGCGGCGGGGAGCCCGCCGGAGCGGCCAGAGCCGGCGGCGCCGGCGGCGCGGGCGAGGCCGAAGCCGACGGGGACGCCCGCGUGCGGGAGCUGCGCGGCGGCGAUGUCGCGCGGGUGGUACCGCUCGUUCAACACGUUGCUGUGCACGGACUGCUACCACCACGAAGCGCAGCACGGCAAGCUGCACCCGAACUUCCAAACAAGCGCCACGCGGCACCUCAUGGUGCCCACGCAGCCGCGCGGCCGGCCACCGGGCCGGGGCCGCGGGCGCCCACCGGGCCGCGGGCGCGGGCGCGGGCGCCCACCUCUCAACGGCCGCAUCUGGAUCCGCGGGAUCGGGGUGCUGCCGGACAUCCCCGGGGCUGCGGCCCGGCGGGGGAAGAAGCAGGCGGGCGCGGUCGUGCACCCGUGGAGCAGCGAAGACGAGGGGGCCCGCGGGGUGGACGACGCACUGCAGGCCGAAUUUGACGCGUUGGCGGAGUUCGAGGCGCCGCCGACGUCGCGGAGCGGGCGUGCGGUGCGGUCGGUGCGGCGGGAGGGGGCGGGGGCGCUGCUGCUGCGGCGGGUGGAGCAGGGGCGCGGGGCGGAGCGGCGGCCGCACCCGACGAAGCGAUGCACCAACUGCGGCACGCGGACGACGCCCGAGUGGCGGACGGGCCCGUCGGAUGGGAAGGUGGUGUGCAACGCGUGCUACCACUACGAGAAGCGGAACGGGACGAAGAGGGAGUCGGACGUGUGGGACCGGGACGGCGCGGCGCGGGACGGAGAGGGGGUGUCUGCCUGA